AUGGAGCGUAUAAAGUCAACAUCCCCCCUCCUGCAUUUAAAUUUAGAUAAUUUUAACUCCCCAGAAGCUGAAGACAGCAGAUAUGUUCUGACAAGUCCGCGUUCGCUCGAAUCCUGUGCAAAACUGGGAGUGAAACCUGUUGAUCUGCUGUUCAGAUCCUUCACAGAGUUCAUCAAUGAGAAUCAAGGAUCUCCUCUGGAGGAGGUGAGCGGAUUAUUUGAGGAACAUGAGAAACAACGAAGAGAGCGACUGAGAAUGUGUCGAGAGGAGAGAGAGCGGAUCAUACAAGAAGACUUGAGCAGAAAAUCAUCCCUAAAACCAUUUACGGCAUUGGGAACCAUUCAGAAUCAAUGCGCAGAGUCAAAAACAAAACCUAUCGCUGAAAUUGAUGAUAAUAAUUCAAAACCAGAGACACGUGGCCAUAAGUUCCCACACACUUUCAGUCUGGCCGACCUCAGACGAUCUCCCGCAACAGAGCGACGCCUGAAGAUCCUCACUGAGGAGAUCAGCCGCAAACUAAACAUCGCACUCCCUGAAAAAGACCACAAAAUCGCUUCGCUGAUGCUAGCCAAACAUGAAGAACAGGAGAUUCGCUUGCGUCAAAGCCAAUCUGAGAAGGAGCACCGCGAGGAGGAGCAGAGGAAUGAGGAGCUCCGAAGAGCUCACUUAGAGAAAAAGCGUCCGAAACAACUUUUGGAGCACAUCCGACAAUGGCAGGAGGAUUUAGAGGAGCGGAGGAGGCGCAAGCAGCAGGAGGAGGCCAUGAUUGUGGAGCGGCAAAAACAGGAGGUGCUCCAUCACGAGGAGCGCUGGAGGAGAUCAGCAAAGGAGCAAGAAGCAAGUCGUAGAUUCAAGCACGAUUCAGCGAGUAAAGAUGCGAGAGAGCGCAAAUGUUACCAGGAGAGACUCCUGCGGGAGAAGGAGCGCAGUGAGGAGGCGCAGCGAGAAAAGGAGAUUCAUGCGGCGGCUGAAAAAGCAGAGCAAGCAUUGAGAAGCAAACAAAUCCAGGAGACGAGAGCAAAAAGGAGACUGCAGCAGGAGAAUCGAAGACAGCUACUUAAACACCUCCUGCUGAAAAAAGAAGCGGAGGAAAAGGAGCGCGCGGAGAAGGAGAUGCAGCUAAAACACUUACAAGACAAGCUGAAACGCUCUGAGAUGAACCAUGCGCUGGUUUUAGAGGAGAGGGUGGAGAAAAUGCGGCAGCAUGCGGUGAAGGAGGAGCAGCAGAUGCGGAUGGCGCUGCAGCGGGCGGGAAGGGAGGACAGGGAGCGGCUGGAGAUUAGGCGAACGCUAGUGCAGCGCUGCAAACUGCGGACUGAGCAUGCUGUGCUGCACGCGCAGGAGAAGCUGCGAAGCCGAGCUCAAAACAUCAAGACGGAGAACCAUGAGAAGGAGAAACACCAUCGCAGACUGCAGGAGCGAGUGCUGGAGGAGGAGAAAGCGCAGUGGGAGGAGAAAUGCACAGCAGUGAUGAUGAAGGAGGAGCGCAGGGAGAAGCUGCAGAGGGAUAGAGCUGAGGCUCUGGAGCGGAGCCGGAAGGUGGCCCGCGCCUCCUGCUAUAUGCGGGACAGAGUGAAGGAGCACACCGCACCACGCACCUUUGACCAGAUGGCAAGAGAAGCCGAGCUGACUGCGCAACUGAGCCAGCUGAACUUAUGA